GGGGGCGCUGGGGAGAGUGGAGGGACCAUGGGGAGGGGCAGGGUGCCCAGGCGAGGGGAGGACCCGCUGGGGAAGCAGGCUUCGGGUUUUGCCCAGGGCCCUCGGAUCCUGGCGGUGCAGGAUCCAAAGGUGGCUCCACAUCACCGCGGCGCUGUCCUGCCCGCGGGUCCAAGGCUGCGCCUCGUGCCUGGCAGCGCCAGCCUGCCUUUUGGUCUGGUUUAGCAUCAGGCUGCGUGCAAACAAGCACCAAACUGCCCCGCGGUCCCUAAAUCACUCAUGUUUUUCUUGGCAGGAGAAAGGAACUGCCCUGACCCCAGCCCUGGUGUGGUUGUUAGGUCCAGUGGGCUGGGGAGACAGCCCAGCACUGGUGAGAGCAGAGUUUGAAGCUAGCAAAGAGGAGUUAUGUGUCGUUUUUAGCACUGACAAACAACGCAGGCAGAAGAGAUCAUGACUUCUGUCAAAGAGCAGGAGGCCAUCAGGAAGCUCACGGUUUUCCUGCAAGAAUGGGACAGCGGUCACAAAGUUGCUCGAACCCGCAUCCUGGACAGCUUUAUUAAAAUCAAUAAUGGCAAGACAGAACCAGAGCUGGAGCUGGAAUUCUCCCAGGGAGCCAGCUUGUUUCUGGCUCGCCUAACGGCGUGGCUCAGGAUGACCUACACGCACAGCACGUGCCUUGACAAGCUGCUCAAGUCUAUUGGCAUCUUCUUAUCUGCAGCAGGCGGGCGCAGAUACCUUAUUGAAUUUCUGGAGAUCGGAGGUGUCAUGAUUCUCCUGGAAAUACUAGGGCUGAACCACCUGAAAGAAGAGGACAAAAGGGAGUCAGUCAAGCUGCUCCAGCUCGUCGCAAACGCUGGCAGGAAGUAUAAGGAGCUCAUUUGUGAAAGCUACGGGGUGCAAUGCCUUGCCGAGUGGUUGGCCACCUCCACCUCAGCAGAGGCUCAAGAAGAAGCGCAGGUUCUGCUGGACUCCCUGGGCCGCGGCAAUCCCAAGUACCAGAACCAAGUCUACAAAGGCCUCAUUGCGGUGCUGCCGUGCGCCUCCCCCCGAGCCCAGCAGCUGGCUCUGCAGACACUGGGGGCGAUGCAGGAGCUGGUGGGAGAGGCGCCCCCCGCGCUGGUGGAGCCCCUGCUGGCCGUGCUGGGCUCGGCGCACCUGGAGGUGCAGCACCAAGCCCUGCAGCUGCUGCCGGCCCUGAUGCCUCUCCGUGUGCGACCGGCCCUGCUGGCGGCGCUGGUGGCCGCGCUGACGCCGCCCAGGCAGGCAGCCAUCGCCUCCCGCAGCGAGAGCACCGCAGACCAAAACGCGCUGUGCCCAAGGGAGCCGAUGCUGGCGUACAUUCAGCAGGCAGCUGCUGCAAAAGCCAUUGGCAUUUUAGCCAAGGAGUCAGCAGAAGUGGCUGAAGAGCUGAUCCAGCUGGAAGCGGUGCAUGGCCUGAUGGUUGCUGUGGGGAACGCGGAACAUGCACCCAGCCAGAGACAUGGCAGCAUCUCCCUGAAGUAUUUUGUCCAUGCAUUUCCCUUUGUGGAAGAGCACAUAAAGAAGGCAGUAGGGGACACACUUUUCCAGCUGUUUAUGGAGAGUCCUGAGACCUGGUACACUAAAAUGGAUCCAGCCCAGGCUGAAGAACUGGCCUCCAGUCUAGUGGACAUCCCCAAAGACAUGGCAAGGAAGCAGUCCACAGAAGGUGACUAGGAAUGACUGUCCACCAGAAAAAAAAACAACUUCAGAACAAAAUCUGGAAAUCUGUCGAGAUCCCUAGUGCUCCUGAAUGCUUGUGGCUUGAAUUAGCGGACAUCCUUCCAGAGGCUGGAAAGGAGAGGACCGAGCAGCCUUUUGUGAACCAAACGAAGGAAUGCUACCAAAUCUGAA